AUGUUUUUCGAAGGCGAUCUACAAAGCGGAAUAUCUCAGGCGAUUCAACAGCACAAGCUGGUCGCCUGCCUCGUCAGACAAGAUGACAACGAAACAAGCCAGAAGUGGGAACACGAAUGGCUGACCGCCCCCGUUGAUCCUUCUUCGAGCUCAGGUGAACAACCGACGUUGGGAGAGCAGCUAGGCGAGAUUGCAGUCCUACUUCGUAUCAAUGCUGGUUCUGUGGAAGCCGGAUUCUUGGGCGCCUUCUGUACUAUCGAGUCUAUCCCGAAGCUGUUGGUCAUUAAAGCAGGUUCUGUUGUUGAGAACAUUGAUGCCGAUGUCAAUGAAGAAGAAUUCCGCAAGCGUAUCAAUGCUCUGUCACAGCCUUCAACACAACAACAGCUGCCGCAAACAUCAAACCCGAUCCCUCAAAAUGCAGACUCGGCCACUGCGGACAUCAGCCAAGUCCUGGCAAAUGUUCCUCUCAUCGGCGAACGAGGAACAACGCUACGAGAAUCAGAUACAGCGCCCCGAGGGACUGCGGAAACGAAUGUGCCCAUACCAGCGCCCACCGCUCAAGGCAACAAUCAAACCAUGCAACAAUUCUUGACCGAACGCGGCACACGUUUGGAAGCCGAACGCAAGAAGCAAGAGGAGGCGGAAAAGGAAACUCGUAAGGCUACAGCAAAGGCCCGGAAAGAGGCUGCUGAGAAACAAGCUGCAGAAUCAUCGUCACUGCCUCAGAACAAGCAAGACUGGGCUGACCAGCAGCGGAAUCGUAACAAAGAGGCUCGAGUGGAGAGGGAGAGAAUACUCAAGUCAAUAGAGUCUGACAAGGCUGCAAGGAAAGAGAAGGAACGACAAAGACGACUUGCAGCUCAGGGCGAACCAUCCACAGCAGCCACGCAGCAACCGGCUCCGGCUACGGCUACGGCGGCUUCUGGACGAAACUCCAGUGUUUGCAAUCUCCAGAUCAGACUGUUCGACGGCAGUUCGCUACGGACAAAGUUCGACCCCUCGGCAACCCUGGCGACUUCGGUCAGGACAUACAUCUCUCAGAACUCACAGACGGACAUUCCAUACGAGUUCCGUCAGAUAUUGCUUCCCAAUCCCAGCCGUAACAUCUCAGUCGGCGAGGAGGGUGAGUCGCUCAGGUCGCUAGGACUGACCCCAAGCGCAACUCUAGUCUUGGUACCAGUCAAAGGCUAUACAGACGCUUACGCCGGCACUGGUAGUGGCCUGGUCUCCAAGGGGUUCAAUGCCGGAUUCGGUCUUUUGUCCGGUGCGGCAAACAUGCUCGGAAGCGCCGUGGGUGGUGUUAUGGGCUACGCAUCAGGAACGAACGACCGACCAGGGCCCUACGUGGCCGGUACGGGAGAUGAGAGCGAGCCUCGUACUAAUGUAGACGCGGAUCGAACGGCCAACAGAUCAGCAAGCAUCAACAUUCGCACACUUGGUGACCAGAGACGGGAUACAGAACAGAACACGGAAUUGUACAACGGCAACCAGCUGAACUUUGAGCCUCGCAAGAAGAAGGAUGGUCAGGACACCAAGGACAAUUAA